AUGACUCUCUUCAAUGGCGUCUACCCCUUCUACCUGCAGCAGAGGAAGGUCUCCGUGUUCGACGUCAGCACCAUCAUAGUGAUUGUGGUCUUCCUAACGUUCGCUUGCAGCUUUCUGCUCAUCAUCCCAGGCAUCCGUGGACAGGCGAGGCUGUACUGGACACUCCGGGUUCUCCUCAGCCUUGUCGUGGGAGUGGUGAUCGUUGCUGUCCAGUUCACAGGGGACUGGGAGACUGGCUGGGUGACAGCAAACACCUCCUACAAGUCCUUCAGCCAUGCCCUGGUGAAUGUGGACAUUGGGGUGCAUGUCGGCCUGGCAGGGGUGAAUGUCACACUCAUGGGAAACCCAGUGAAUCAGGUCAAUGAGACCAUCAACUACAACGAGCACUUUGCCUGGACCUUCGAUGCAGACUACGACCGCAGCUACAGUGAAGGGCUGGACAGGGGGCUGCCCAGCCCCAUCCUCUAUGUCGCGGAGAAGUUUACCACGCAAAGCCCCUGCAACAUGCACAGACAGUACCGCAUCUCCAGCCACUAUGCAUCAGCCACUCUCUGGGUGGCCUUUUGCACUUGGCUCAUCUCCAACAUGCUCUUCUCCCUGCCUGUCCUAGUCUAUGGAGGCUACAUGCUGCUGGUCACAGGGGCCUUCAUGAUCUUUUCAUUGCUCUCGUUCUCCACUGUGAGGAACUCCCUGAUGUGCCCAAUGCAGUUUGGGACCGCAAUCCUACGCACAGGCUACGGGGGAUCUUUCUGGCUCACACUAGCAAUUGGUAAGGACACCAAGCUACAUCAGGGUACACCACCUUGUCCCUCUUGAUGUG